AUGUCGACGUCGUCGCCGGCGAGCGGGGCCGCGUCGCCGGAGGCGGAGGGCGGCGGGGGCAGGAAGUACAAGGGCGUGCGGCGGCGCAAGUGGGGCAAGUGGGUGUCGGAGAUCCGGCUGCCCAACAGCCGGGAGCGCAUCUGGCUGGGCUCCUACGACGCGCCCGAGAAGGCCGCGCGCGCCUUCGACGCCGCCUUCGUCUGCCUCCGCGGGCCCGGGGCCGCCGGCGCCGACCUCAACUUCCCGGACUCGCCGCCGCCGCCGUGCCGCCACAGCGUCGACCCGCAGGAGGUGCAGGCGGCCGCGCUCUCCCACGCCAACCGCGCCACAGUCUCGGCCCGGGAGGCGGCCGCCGCGCUCAUGGACGUGGCCGACGACUGCUUCUCGCGGGCGCCGGCCGCGCUGUCGAUGGAGCAGUGGCCCGUGACGCAGCCGUCGUGGCCGCAGCAUGAGAAUGGCGCCAUGGACAUUUUCGGCGGCGAGGUGGCGGCCGCGCCGGACGGCAGCAUCGACUGGCGCUCGGUCAUGGCGCACCAGCCGCCGCUCUUCUCGCCGACGGCCGGCUGGGGCAGCAAUGCGUACGACUUCCUGCAGGUGACGCCGCCGCCGACGCAGGGCGACGAGGACAUGGAGGAGUGUGGCCAUGGCGCCAGCGCUUCCCUGUGGAGCUUUGACUCCCGAGACUCAUACUUCAGAUACUAGUUUUCUUCUUCUUUUUACAGGUCUGUACUUCAUAGUAUAUAAUACUAUAGUUAACAUACUGUCACUGCUGCAGUUAACCUAAACGUGCAAAAUUUCAACAGGUGCAUUGCAAAGAGUAUUACAUUUGCAUUGCUAGUUUUAACACUGCCUAUAGACGGGGUUUUUCCCUGUCUUAUUUGUAUCUUGCAAACGGAAAAUGCAAAAGUGA